UGUUAAGCUCCAGUAAUAGUUCCCUGGUUCCUAUACCGUGCUUCCCACCGUGUAGAAGGAUCAAAAUGGCUGGUGGAUGAUAUACGCUAGUAAUGCACUCCAGUAUAAUCUUUGAACAUUCAGCUAACGAGAUACCUCUACAGCAUACCCAUUACAAGUCUACAAGCCAGGUACCAGUCGAACUUGAUCAGUAUGAUGGUAUCGUCAUGCAGCAGAGCUAUCUCCCCGGCCGGCGGUUCAGUUACGCCAUGAAUAAGGUGGACCAUAGCUUACAAAGCUACCCGGCCCUUACCCACUCACAUCUACACACUUAUUACUUACAGCCAUAGCAGGCUAAUGAAUAGCUCGUUCCUUCAUCCCAAACUAAACUUUUGGCAGCUUACCUACUACCUACCUAAGCACCUAAAUCUAAGAGCUAUAGUGGAACUCAUACUUGCAGCUUGUCAAGCUACAACCUCUUACACAUUGGCACUAUAAACUACAUCAUGACCGGCACUAUUAUCAUCACUGGGGCAAACGGCUCUGUUGCUAUCCCUGCUGUGAAGCAUCUUUUGGAGAAAUAUCCCGAUUAUACAGCGGUCUUAACUGUCCGCAAUACCGAUGAUUCGGACUCCAACACCAAGAAGCUGCGUGAGACGAUCGCGAGCUUCCCGAACGCUAAGACGUCUAUCCGCCAACUAGAUCUAGCUAACCUCAACGCCGUGCACGAGUUUGCUGGCACAAUUGCUGCCGAGAUUGCAGACAAGAAGUUGCCGCCGCUUGCUAGCAUCGUCUGCAAUGCGUACUACUGGAAUUUGGCUCGCGACCCCGAGUUCACGGCGGAUGGAGUUGAGACAACCAUCCAGGUGAACCACAUCUCUCAUGCCGCCUUGGUCCUUCGACUUCUAGGUAGCUUCGGGCCUGAGGGUGGUCGUAUCGUGCUUUUCACCAGCGACGGACACUUCCCCGGCAAGAAUGGUCUGGAGAAAUACCCGCCAGGUAUCCCCGACGACCUAGAUUCAUUGUUGAAAGCCUCUCCAGAUGCCGACAAACUCGGUCGCGGCUUCAACCGAUAUGCCAACUCGAAAUUAGCUAUCCUCAUGUGGGGAUUUGCGCUGAAUAGGUAUCUUGAGAAGAACGAAGAACUGCGCAAGAUCACGGCCAUCAUAAUUGACCCGGGCAACCUUGCUGAUUCACGGGCGCUGCGCACGAACACGCCCAAGUUUCUCCAGUACGUUCAGAGGUUUGCGCUUCAACCUUUGCGACCCAUUCUCCGCUACGCGGAUCCGACCCUGCGCACAACGACAGAAGCUGGCGUAGAUGUCAUUGAUCUGGCCACGAACAAAGCAUAUCCAGGAGAGCGUGGUUACCUGAAGCAGCUGAAGAGAGAGCCUAGCUCUCCAGACAGUCUAAAUGAGGAUAAACAGCAGAAGUUGUGGGCUAAGAGUGCCGAAUGGGCAAAGAUUACGAAGGAGAAUACUGUUCUCGCAGAUAGCAUUUGAACGAGGCACAUGGGAGAUGAAUGACGAGGGAUGAGACUACAUAAGAUAGCUGUUUCGGUCUGGUUUUCAUAGGUAGGUUACGAGGAUAGGUGGCGGACUUCUGUCAUUUCUGAGAAUACAGUUUCCAUCAAUUGGACGAAUAUAUCCGAA